UUGAAAAUUCACCAGAUUGCGGAUUCAACACUCAUUCCACAUUUAUUUGGUUUCAAAUCGCAAAAAAAGCAUUUCCCAGAAGAAACGAUAAUUCUCCAUCAGAAGAAAAAAUGUUCGCUACCACCAAAUCCACUGCUCUCUUCGCUGUCAUCGCCAUUGCUUUACACUGUGUGCUCUUCCCAGCUGUUGAUGGCGUGCCAUCUAUCGGUCAUUAUGGCAAACGUUUUGACACCAUGUCUGGCAUCGACUUCAUUCAAAUUUGUCUCAACAACUGCGCCCAGUGCAAGAAAAUGUUCGGCGACUACUUUCAAGGUCAAGCAUGCGCUGAAUCCUGCCUCAAAUUCAAAGGCAAGGCCAUACCCGACUGCGAGGAUAUCGGUUCCAUUGCACCUUUUCUAAAUGCGCUCGAAUAGAGGGUGAAACUCGUGCAAGCCGAAUCUCACGCCAAUAGAUAAUUUCGCUGUCAUCGCAUUCACUUACUCACUAAGCCGCUGAGCAAUUUAUGUGUGUGAUCGCCUCUUACAUCCGCACCGCCUACACACGCGCCUUAUUUUUGGUUAAAAUGCUGGUUUUGGGCGUGCUUGUGUAUAUGUAUAUGUGUAUUUUGUGUUAUUGUUGUGUGCCGAUUGCGCUGGUAGUUGGUGAACUUUGGUACCACUCUACGAAUUCGGAGCGUCUGUGUGACGUACACAUCUUAUUUGGGUCAUUGUCGACAUGAUCGUCGGCAACGACGCUCCAGUAAUCGUCCGCUGGCUACGCAUUGCAUCUUGUAUGAAAUUAAUAAAACAUAAAAUCGGCUUGUACCUCGACGUUUCUAAAGUGCUUGUGGUUUGAUCGAACGUACACAUACAUAAAAGCCCUGAAAAAUACUCAUGAGUCACAUUGUAUCGGAAAGUUCCUAAAUCAUCAAAUCUUAGUAUUAUAUUUAUGUAGUUAUUUAGCAAAUAUAUAUGUAUAUAUAUAUAAUUGUUUAUAAUUGUAUGUGUGUGCACGUGUGUAGAAUUAUUCACGCUAGAUGGAAAAUAAAUAGCAAAAUUUGCAACGG